ACACAAAACGAAUAUUCCAAUAGGAGAUCCUUCCUACCGCCUGUCGCUGUCACGGUGACGGUGACGGUGAGGAACGAAAUCGGAACCCCCAUCACCCCCCCUCAUAUAAAUACCAUCACCAAAUUCUUUUUCUUCCCACCAAUUUUUCAUCAAAAACCAUAAUCUAAUAUUAUUAGUUCUCCUUCCUUAAUUCUUUUAAUCUUUUCAUUUUUAUUAAUUAUUAAUUUGUAACAUAACACAAAAUGGCUGCUGUCAAGGCUGCUAUACUUGUCUCCGACAUGCCACAUUUUGACCAAGUCAACGACACCUCCGCUGCCUCGUUGUCUCUUUACGCCACCCGUCUUCCUACUGGAUUGGAUAUGAGCAAUAGUAACAAUGGGCGGAAAGUGAUGCCGAAAUUCAUGGUGGUGGGUCACCGUGGUCAUGGUAUGAAUGUGUUACAGUCAACUGAUAAGAGAAUGAAAGCUUACAAAGAGAAUUCAAUUCUUUCCUUCAAUAACGCUGCUAAUCACCCACUUGAUUACAUUGAAUUUGAUGUUCAGGUGACAAAAGACGACACCCCGGUCAUUUUCCAUGACGAUUUCCUCCUCUCUGAAGACAAUGGUACCGUAAUUGAAAAGAGGAUUACUGAGUUGACUUUGAAUGAAUUCUUUAGCUAUGGUCCUCAGAGAGAAACAGGCCUCAUUGGCAAAUCUUUGCUGAGAAAAUCCAAUGGAAAUAUCGUCGGUUGGGACGUUGAAAUUGACGAUCAUUUUUGUACUCUAGAAGAAGCAUUCCAAAAAGUUAACCCUAUUUUGGGAUUCAACAUUGAGUUGAAAUUCGACGAUCACGUUGUUUAUGAACAAGAGUAUCUCAUUCAUGUUCUUCAAGUCAUUUUGAAGGUGGUAUAUGGAAACGCCCAAGAAAGACCCAUAAUCUUUUCAACUUUCCAGCCUGAUGUGGCCUUGCUAAUGAAAAAACUUCAGAAUACAUACCCGGUGUACUUCUUGACGAACGGAGGAAAUGAGAUAUUCAAUGAUGUGAGAAUGAACUCAUUAGAAGAAGCUAAAAAGCUGGCAUUGGAAGGUGGAUUGGAUGGCAUUGUUUCAGAAGUAAAGGGUGUUUUUAGAAACCCUUCUGUAGUAAGAGAGAUUAACGAGUCUAAUCUCUCCCUACUUACUUAUGGCAAAUUAAAUAAUGUCCCUGAAGCCGUACAUGUUCAAUAUCUUAUGGGCAUCGAGGGUGUGAUUGUUGAUUUAGUACAAGAAAUCACCAGUGCAGUUAAGGCGUAUAGUGAUAGCAACAAGAAGACCAUCAUAGAAGGAGAGGAAGGAGGAUUACAAGUGAAGGAGAAAACCAAUAAGAUUGAAUUGCCGUUUCUGCUGAGCUUGAUCUCCCAAGUUAUUCAGCACUGAAACUCUGUACAUUCGUUUCGGAUAGUCCAUUCUAUACUAGCUUUUGGCCCGGUUCAUUUUCAUUUUUUAUGUUUUCUUUUGUCAACAUUCAAUUAAUUUUAAACUAUUAGGGCUAAGGCUAUGUGGGAAGUUAAGUAGAGUUUGGUAAUUAGGAUUAGUGAGAGUGGUGGAGUUCCAUGUGUGAUUUCUUGGAUCUUCAACAGCAAGAAAAAAGGGGGGAGAGUGAUCGAUCAUCACGAUUCAUGAUCGUUGAUACGAAUUGUGUUGUACAAGCAGUUUCUGCCCCAAAAAAGGAAUUCGAAAUAACAUAAAAUUUUAUUUA